UUUAGGUUUUUGGUCGCAGACAUAAAACGCGGUACGUUCGUAAGCUAAGUGUGGUGUUUAAGAGCCCGUGCCAAGUGUGCCAUGUAGUUCCGUGCGUGGAGGAAACUUUUCGUUUCUUGUCCCACCAAAUAGGCCCGAGGUUUAAAAUAGCCGCGAUAGUUUCGAAGAAAGCUGCACCCUAAAGCAUGGCUGCUUCAGAGACACCGACCCGUAACAGACUCAAGAUGCAGGCGAGGCGGUCUCGUCCCAGUCUUUCUAGCGCCAAUCGGCCAUUCAGCUCACCGAUGAAGGCUACACCUGUGAGCAGCGAAAGUGUUGAGGACUUGCAGAAGAAGCUGGCAGGUCUCCGCAACAGGAGUCGCCUCUUGGAUGAGGAAAUCGAACAGCUCAAGGCAGAGGGCUGCACCAUCGAGGAGCUUCCUUGGCACAUGGAGCAGCUGCAUACUUACAACCAGAUCAAGGACAUUGCUCAUCAAGUGAUUGGCAGUUUGGCUGUCCUUGAAGGAGUCACCAUAAAGGACAAGCAGGAGCAUUAUGGGCUGCCCACCACUGAACCCACUAAUGUGUCGUCACACACCUGACUGUCCUAGUUGAUUUGCAAUUUUUUUUUGUAAGUGUGCACAGGUUAUCUGGUAUUUGUAGCACAGUGAUGAACCAUCUUCUUACUCUCGCUCAGCACUUAUGCGACAUCAAUUGCACCUUAUUUGUCUUUUUUUUUUAACAUAUAUUCUGUUAGAAGAGUGAUCCAAGGCUAAUGCUGAUCCUCCUUAUUUAGCUUUUUAGAAUGUGAAAGUGCCUAAAACAUUUGCUUAUUCAAGCAAGGAGAAUGACAACACUGUGUACAGAUAAAUGUUCAAUAAUAUGUCUGCAUGUUUUACUUGCUUUGACUGCCAGAACCAAUGGUAUUGGGCAGAAACACCUGAGUGAUCUUCUGGAGAGCUUAGUUUUACCAAUGCACCAUUGCCUAAACCACAAGCAGAGGCCACGACGGACAGCCUCCACACCACAUUGCAGGACCGUUGGUGGCACAGCAAUGCAGUUUUCUGACACUCUGCCACACGCUGCAGAUCCCGCACGCUUUUGCAGCCAGCAGUACAUUAAGCUUGGCAUUGAUUGUGGACCGCGACUAGGCUACCCAAGUACUCGAAAAGGGCCUGGUUCAGGCAGAGGCUCAACAGAAAUGGCAGAUUUUCACCAAGCACUUCUUGAAGCCAUAAAGUUAUGAAUAAAUUUUUCUGACGUAGACUA